GGUUACAAUGGUUUAUUUAAAACAUGGAUACGAAUAAAAAUUACAGCAGCUUUUAAGUUUUUACUCUUUUGAAAUUAUGUAAUAUAUCAUAAUGAAUACUGUGGAUACUAUUAUAUAUAAAAUGUCAAGGGAUAUCUGUUAUAUAUGCACGAUAAUUUCGGUUAUAUUAUCAACAGUGAUCACACCCAGCAAAGGUGUAGUGCUAGACUGUUAUAACACAACACUUUGGGAGUACGACGGCCAUCAGCAGACGACGGUUAACGGCAAACCGUGUUUACGAUGGGAUCAGUUCAAUAGAUAUAAUGAUGAUAACUUCACAGAUGCCACAAUAUCAGAGGCAGCUAAUUUCUGUCGUACUACAAAUGAAAAGACCACACUCUGGUGUUUUACAACAUAUGAAUAUAAAAGGGAGGCGUGUGGUAUCAAUAAAUGUGGUGACGUUGGUUUGAGUUAUUGUGGUCAAUUGAGUAUUGACAAACCCACAAUACUAGGACGGCAUGUCACAUUUUCUUUUACCCCCGACACGUAUGAUCCAAAUGCAAUUCUAGAAUGGCAGCGCAGCAUGAAUGGAAUAGAUCAAUGGAAAACGCUCCCUUUAAACAACAAGUUUAAUCAAUAUCAGAGAAAUACCAUGAUUUACCACAUGCUAUUAACAGACAGUGAGAAAAACCAAGACGGAAGAUUUUACCGAGUUCAUUAUUAUAAUGAGACAUCACAUUGCUGGAUGAACGCUGGGAAACUGACGCUUGAAGAUACAGGAAAUUGUGGACUAGUAUACCUCAGAUCUGAGAAGUUGAUUAAGAAUGAGACCGUAAAAAUAGAAUAUUACCCGUCAAAGUAUGUGUUGGACAAUAGCGUUAGUUUCAAACGAAACUGGGUACACACUGUCGACACAAAAUCAGAAACGUUGAUAUUGGCUGAUGGCAGUUACGAAGAGAAAGUGGGGCAACAUAACAAAUAUGUGUUGACAAUUAAUAUGUUCAGUGUUUCUAUGAAUGGAAGAUACAGUGUUUAUUGUGGUCAGAGCUUAUACACAAACAAUAUACUGUUGAAAUUACCAGAAGCACCAAGUACACCUGUAAUAGUUGGAUUACAAGACAUAGAAAAGUGCAGGGACUGUAUUGUUGGUGAGGAUAAUGAUGAGUUCGAACUUGCCUGUGAGAUACAUGGUGGUUUCCGUCCUCUUACAGUUACUAUGACAAUAGGAAAUGAGUCAUAUAAACCUCAAGAAUUUAAUUCGACAACCUUUAUGGUAUUUUUCCGGGUCAAGGACCACCAUCACAUGGAAAGUGUGAUAUUUUCAGUCAUGAACGAUGCAUUGGCGUCACCUUUAAACGCUAUUGCUCAGAUGUUUGUUAUAAAACCACCAAAGUUUCAAAUUUCGGUGCCGGAAAUUCUAAUAGACGGAGAAGCUGUUAACAUCACAUGUACGUUGGAUGAUGGAAGACCUAAUCCGAAUGUGUAUUUUAUCAUUUUCGGUUCAGAAGUAUCGUCUGCAAAAUCACACUUUUAUAAUUCGACUACAUCUUUAAAUACCAACAUUAUCACUCUGACCACAUUUAAGAAAGAAUGGAAUAAAGAAAACAUCACGUGCUGCCGAUAUAAUGAAUGGUACACAAAUGUGCGGGACUGUUCACCGCCAAAACAAGUCAAUUAUCAUUUUCCUCCCACAGAUGUGAUGUUAGAAGUGAAAGUUGAUGAAGACAGUCAAAUGUAUGCUACUUGCACUGUGUAUGGUUCGAAUCCAGUCUGCAACGUUCAGUUUAAAGCUCCAAGCGGUAUCAUUGGAUCAGAAAAGUCUUCAGAGAAUAUAAGUCUACCCCAUGGUGCGUGGAAUUCUGUGUAUGAAGUAAACUUGAAUGUCAGUGAAGAAGACAAUGGCAAAAAUGUAACGUGUAUGGUUGAGUGUGACGAGUUUCAUGUUGACCUUAAAGACACUGUCAAAAUACUUCUACCUUUCCCUCCAGUUAUAAAGUUCAAUAUAUCUGGAUCGAUAUUGAAUAUUUCUGAAGGAGAGCGGUCACAUGUAAAAUGUGAAGCUGAAAGCGUUCCUGCCUCCAAUAUAUCAUGGAUUGAAUUAAGUAAUGGAAACAUAAGGAAGAAGCAAUGUAAUUUGUCACCAACUUGCGUAUUAAAUAUUGAUACUGAUGAAGUUUCAAACAGACGUUUUAUGUGCCAAGUUCACUAUAAGGCAGAAGUUGAUCAAAAAUAUCUGACUGUACACAUAAAAGAAAAAGCCGAUAAAGACAAUAAAAACAAUGAUAAACAGAAAAAUACUGGCCAAGCUUCAGACAAGUCCAUAAUUUGGAUAAUAUUGGGUGCAUGUGUACUUGUGGUCGGUAUCAUUGUUAUAGCGGUCUUGUUUGUUGUCAUCAGGAAAAAACGCCUAAAUUCUACAGAAAAGAGGGACAGCCAGGUAGAUUAUCACAAGCAUGAGGAUGAUAUAGUAUUUUCUAAACAAAACCCGGAGGUUCGUCCUUUGGGAAACCUUAAUCAGAAUGCGCAUGCGCUUGAGAACGAAGCAGAAGUACCUGUAUAUUCUCAACCAGUUAAAAAGAAAACGAUUGAAGACUCGGUCAAUACAUAUGCGCAAGUAAACAAACCAGGAGAAUCAGCUUCUUCUUCAAAGACGGAAAAGCCCCAACAUGCACAGGACGGACAAUUACUAUAUGCUGAUCUUGCCUUUGAUCCAAAUGAGACUCCAUCAAAAGCAGCAGUUGCCAAGCGGCGAGAUUCCCCUACAGAAUAUGCUGAUAUAGAUUAUGUGAAGACAAAAACUAAUAAAGGCAUUGAUGAUACUCCUACUGAACAAGACAAUAUUUAUGCAAACCAGUAGAUUUAUUUGAUAGUCAUGACGUUUGUGUCAUUACACAAAUCAACUUUACACACGAAACACUGUAAAUAUUAGCAUGUGUAUGCGAGUGUUUGUCAGGGCUUAUUGCCAAUACCUUAAGAUUUAAUCUGUCGUGAAAUUGAGUUAUUGAACUUUGAUAAACUGCUUUUUGUGUUAAGUGUUUUUCCUAUGUUUUUUAUGACAAUGUUUGUUGCGCAUGCACCUUUAACAGAUUAUUGCAAAAAGAAUAUUUUAUCAUUAAUCAACGUAGUUAUAUUGUUAAAACCUUUUUUUAAGUUUCACUUGCUAUUUUAUAAAAUUGACAACUAAAAAGUCA